UCAGUUACUUGUUGAAAGAGUUUCCUCUCCAUUCCCUCUCUCUUUAUCUUCACUUAAAGAACAACCCAAGUUGCAUAUACAAAAAAAAAAAAAAAAAUCCAAACCCAUUGAUGCCCUACCAAAUCUCUCUCUUCAUCUCUUAAAACCAGACCAAAGAAUCAAUGUCUGAAACACAACAACCCGUUGUCGUUUACCCAAACACUGUGUCAUCAGGGCAAGUAGAACCAUCUCAUUCUCACUCAGAUGGAUCCUUUGGCACAGUUUUUAUAGUACUUGCAAUCAUCAUUGUUAUAUCAUCCAUAGCUUGCUUUCUUGGAAGACUAUGUACUCGGCGGGUAAGCCAACCAAAACCCACUAAGCAAAGCAAAAGCUCUAAUCCACGACCUAAAGGAAACGACAUAGAGUUGGGGUUUGAUGGUCGGUUCCCAACUGCAAAACCUGUCGGCGGCCAUGGCGGCGGCGGUGACCAAAGCAAAAGGUUCAAAAUGCUUGGAAAUGAAGAUCCUAGAGGGUUUAGAUCAAUGCCUGGAAAGCAUGGGGAUGUUAAAGGAUUUAAAGUGCAUGGAAAUGGGGAUCUCAGAGGAUUUAGAAUCCAUGGAAAUGGAAACAUUGAAGGUGACCCUAAGCAUGUUGAUGUUGGAGUACUUUAAGGCCAUGGUGCAUUAUAUGUUGUGCAUGGCUACUUUAUUUAUUUUUCUUUUUUCUUAUGUUUUUUUUUCCAAUUUUUUUUUACAACAAAAAUAGAAUUGUUCGAGUAUCAACUAAAUACUUAAUAUCAAAUCGAUUAGUUCACUAGUUUUUUUAGUCAUCUUUGUGUUUGAAUUGAAAGUUUAAUGAUAUAUCAUCAAUUGCUUCCCUUAA